AUGGCGAUAUUAUCUCACCAUAAGAAGAACAAAGUUGAUGAAUCCCAAAAUCAAAAAACCCUACCACAUCUACCACACGAAAUCUUAGUACAAAUAAUAAGUAGAAUUCCUGCUACUACAAUCCUUCGAUAUUGCCAUCCUUUUCCACCUUUAUCACAUUGUAACAAUGGAUUUGACGCCAUUAUAUCAAAUCCAACUUUUCCUCGUUUCUUCCAAUCCCACAAUAUCAACACAAGUUUUUUGGCUUUUAAUGGUUGUACAAAUUCUGCUACAUUGAUUGAGUAUAACUACGACGAUAACAAUGAUCAACAUCGAAAGAUCGAAUACAAUAUUGACAUAAUGAACUUUAUAAAUAGAGAUAUAUUGUCUAAAUCCAUUGUCGAACUCCUAGAUUCUUGUAAUGGAUGUAUUUUAGUUGCUGUUAUGAGAAAAGUUCCUUAUGCUCUUCGUCAGUUAUGGCGGCCAUUACCUACAUUAUUACACUUACAUUUGGUAAAUCCCAUCACUCAACGUCGGGUUGAAAUUCCUAAACCUCAUAAUGCAGAUGGGCAAAGCAACAACUUUGCAUUUGCAUUAGGUUACAGUUCCAAAACAGACGUGUUUAAAGUGGUUAGGGUAUCUUCUGAUUUUCCUCCAAGUAAUAUUUUAACAGCACAAGUCUUCACAAUAUGUGGUGGUGCUCGUCCUGGCGUUGGUGUUCGUGUUGGUGGUCGCGACAAUGAUCUUAAUCGAUGGAAGACUAUCACCCAAUCACUUACUAUAGAAUUUACCCCAACCCCAACAAGUAGUAUUGAUGCUGUGGCUUUAAAUGGUUGUUUACAUUGGUUAAUAGACGAUUCUAAUUUUAUUCUAAAGUUUGACAUCGACGAAGAGAAGUUCGAGUUAAUCCAUACACCUCGCAACCUUGCUAUCAUGGAGCUUUACUAUGAUCUAGGUGUAUUGGAUGGUUUGCUUUAUGUGAGUGCAUACACAUCAAAUAAUUAUGCCGAGAUUGAGUUUCGGGUGAUGAAGGAAUAUGGUGUGGAAGAUUCUUGGAGUUAUUUUACAUUCAUAGAAAAUAAGUUUCUUAAUAAGGAUUUUUUCAGGCUAAUUAAAGUGCUUGAAAAAGGUAAGAUAUUGAUGUUGAAUUCGAAUUAUGGUGAAGAGAGAUAUUCUUUGGAGGUUUAUGAUCCUAAACAAAGAGAAAGAGAUGAUCAUAGUAGAAGAGUGGAAAUUUUGGAGGGAUUAGAUAAGAAGAUAAGACGUAGAAUUAAUGUAAAAUAUUUUGUGCCUAGCUUCUUGUCAUUGAGAUAUAUUUGA